AUGUCAUCGCCGCAGACACAGCCACCAUUCGCUGAAUUUUCCAUAUCCGAUAUCCAGGAGCCUGUGUCUUCCUUGGAGUUCUUUCCUGAUCGGACAUCUCCUAAGCACGCAAACCACUUGCUCGUUGGAAGUUGGGACAAGUUCGCGCGAGUUUACGACCUCAAUCAAUGCUCCAGAGGCACAGAAGGAGCACGAGUGCUGCAGUCUUUUGAGCAUCCUGCAGCUGUACUCGAUGUCGCCUGGAUCAACGAAUCGCUUGCUGCCAGUGCGUGCCUCGAUCGGCGUGUGCGGUUGCUAAAUGUGGAAAAUGGCCAAAUGGUGAUUCUCGGCAAACAUCAAGAUGGCGUGAGUCGUGUGCGAUACGAUCCCAACUCAGGCCUCUUGUUCUCUGGAUCUUGGGACGCUACUGUCAAAGUAUGGGAUCCCUCCGCUGAUGUGGGUGCAUCCUUACGGCAUACUCUCACUCUACCAAGCAAAUUGUUUGCCAUGGACGUGUCGCCCCGAACAGCCGCCUCCCCGUCACGGCUUGUUGUGGCUAUGGCAGAGAGGGCCAUUUAUAUCUAUAAUACACUUCAACUUCGGGACGCCAUCGAUGGACGCAGCUCAUGGGACCCUGAACAGAAACGUGAGAGCAGUCUCAAGUUCAUGCUUCGUGACGUUCGGUGCAUGCCCGAUGGAUUGGGCUACGUAACCUCGUCUAUCGAAGGGCGUGUUGCUGUUGAGUUCUUCAGCUCGGAUGCUCAGACACAAGCAAAUAAAUAUGCGUUCAAAUGUCACCGGAAAGAUGUGGACGGUAUCGACGUCGUAUACCCUAUUCAUGCGAUUGCCUUUCACCCUACGUAUGGCACGUUCGCAACAUGCGGUGGCGAUGCUCACUGUGCAUUAUGGGACCCUGUGGCUAAGAAGCGCAUUCGCCAAUAUGUUCUGCCGUCGCCCGUGAGCACUGCGGCUUUUAGCGCAGAUGGUACCAUCUUUGUGAUUGCUAGUGGAGCCGAGAAUCUAGAAGAGACGCAGCAUCCAGGUCCCGAUGCUGGCGAAGUUGGUGGUACAGGGCAAGGUGGAUCUGGUCAUGUGAAAUUGCACAUUAAGUACGCUAUCGAGGAGGCAAAGCCUAAAGGCAAGCCUGUAUAA